ACGUCAGAUUAGAACCCAAGCGGUGUCUGCUUUAGACGUAAAAUUAUUCUGAGAUCAAAACAUGCAGAAAUACUUUAUAUUAAAGUGUCGAAAAAAUGUUCCCUUCGAUCCUUGAGCACCCAACCUCCUUAUAUUUUUUAUAAAUUAAAAUGGAUUCUGAUGAUGAUUCUAUGGUUUAUGAUGAGGAUGAGUUAUCAGAUCCAGAAGAUGAUCAAGAAGAGUUUGAUAUUUCUUGUGAUGUAGAGGCAGCGGGUGAGCCAUCUGCAAAACGUUAUAUGAAAGAUAAAGAUGAUUUCUCGUAUGAUUGUUUAACUCCAGAGUCAAUUGUUGUUUCAAUGAAAAAAAAUAUUGAUGAAGUAAACUCUGUAUUUGAGAUCCCUAGAUCUAUUGCAAGAAUCUUGCUUACGCAUUUUAAAUGGGACAAAGAAAAACUUUUAGAAAGGUACUACAGUGGUGAUCAAGAUCGUCUUUUUAAAGAAGCUCAUGUCAUCAGUCCUCAUAGAAAUCAACAAUCAUGCUCAAGAAUAAAAAACACAAGAAGCAGUGGGCGCUCACUAAUGAAAGUUGAUUGUGGAAUAUGUCUGUGUACAUUACCUAAUGAAACUUUUACUGGCUUGGAAUGUGGUCAUUACUUUUGUCAUAAGUGUUGGAAUGAUUACUUAGUAGCAAAAAUACGAGAUGAAAGUAAUAGCCAGAAUAUAUUUUGCCCAGCAACCGAAUGUGAUAUAUUAGUUGAUGAAAAUUUUGUUUUAAAGGUGUUGCUGGACCCUACUAUUAGAUCUAAGUAUCAUAAAUUAAUUGGUGACAGUUUUGUACAGAGUAAUCGGCUUAUGAAAUGGUGUCCUGCACCAGACUGUACAAAUGCUAUAAAAGCAUUAUAUAAUGAUGCAAAACCUGUCACAUGUUUAUGUGGUUAUACAUUUUGUUUUGGUUGCACUCAACCUGUUCAUGAACCAGUUAGAUGUAAUUGGCUUCGUAAAUGGCUUAAAAAAUGUGACGAUGACAGUGAGACAUCAAAUUGGAUACAUGCAAAUACUAAGGAAUGUCCAAAAUGCCAUGUAACUAUAGAAAAAAAUGGUGGAUGUAACCAUAUGGUUUGUCGUAACACAGCUUGUAAGGCUGAUUUUUGUUGGGUGUGUCUUGGACCAUGGCAAUCACACGGAUCAAGCUGGUACAAUUGUAAUCGCUACGAUGAGAAAGAUGCCCAAGCUGCUCGAGAUGCCCAGGCAAAAUCUCGUGCUGCAUUAGAAAGAUAUUUAUUUUACUGUAACCGAUAUAUGAAUCAUUUACAAUCAUCAAAAUUUGAACAGAAGCUUUAUAAUCAAGUGAAAGAUCAAAUGGAAAAAAUGCAGGAGCUAAACAUGUCUUGGAUUGAGGUACAAUUCUUAAAAAAAGCUGUCGACGUUUUAUGUAUGUGCCGAAAUACUUUAAAAUACACUUAUGUUUUUGCGUUUUAUCUUAAAAAGAAUAAUCACUCUAUUAUAUUUGAGGAAAACCAAAAAGACUUAGAGAUGGCUACCGAACAUUUAUCUGAAUACUUAGAAAGAGAUAUAAAUUCUGAUGAAAUAACCGCUGUUCAAGCUAUUAAACAAAAAGUUCAAGAUAAAUAUAGAUACUGUGAGCAUCGUCGCAACGUAUUAUUAGAUCAUGUGUACGAAGGGUAUGAUAGUGAAAUUUGGGAAUAUUUUGAAGAAAAAAUUUAGAUUGCAACUCUUUUAUAUAUAUAUUUUUUCUUUUUUAAAAAAUGCAAUUCUAUGCUGCAAUAAAUGGAAUCGUUAAA